AUGUUGCUCGAUUUAUCUAGAUGUAAAUUAAAAAGUUUAGAGGAUAGUGAUGUGAUCCUUGAAAAACUGAUCGAACUAAAUUGUGAUUAUACAAGUAUAACCUAUUUAGAUGUUUCAUAUAAUAAUAUUAAAUCUCUUAAAGGGUUAAGACAUUUUGAAAAUUUGAAAAUAUUAAAUAUUUCCAAUAAUGAAUUAACUUCAUUAGAUGGUGAUUAUAUUCCUUGUUCAAUCGAAAAAAUAAUUUGUGAUCAUAAUAAUCUUAGUGACAUUUGUUUUAAGAGUUUAACAGAUGAAAGAGAAGAAUCAGAAUUUGAAUAUGAAACUGAUGAAGAAACGGGUUCAGAUAAUAGUAGAAAAAAUAAUUAUAUAGAUAAAAGUUAUAAUUAUAAAAAUGAUAUUCCUUCAAAUUAUUCAAAUGAUUUAAAAAAUUAUAAUAUUCAUGAUAAAUAUAAUAAUAGUUUUCUUUAUGAUAAAAUAUAUUACACAAAUAAUGAUUUCCCAUUAAGUAAUUUAAAAUACUUAGAUGUAAGUUACAACAAUAUUAAAAGGUUAGCAACAUUUGAAAAAUACCUUCACAUUUUAAACAAGAGAAAUAAAUUAAAUAAUUCCAAUGAAACAAACAUAUCAAAAAGUACCAAGUCUGAAAGUGCAGAAAGUGAUAUUAAUGAUGCACACAUAAAUAAUUUUAUUUCAAGUAAAACUGAAAAAGAUGUUAUGAUUCUAUUUUUUAAUUCUAUAGAAACUUUGCAUCUAAGAGGCAAUAAAUUAACUAAUUUAAAAGGAUUAAGUGUUUUAAAAAAUUUAAAAGUUUUAGAUCUUAGAUCAAAUUUAAUUAGUCAUCCAGUACAACUUUUUUAUAUUUUAGAUAACAAAGAUUGGCUUAAAAAAUAUCAUGAUAAAAAAACAAAAAAUAAUAAUACUUAUUGCUCCUAUUUUUCAUGUAUUGUAAAAAAAUACAAAAACAUAAAUUUACAAAAUAUAUUAUUACUAGGUAAUAACAAAGUAUUCAAACCAAAACGGCUACUUGCAUCUGUCUUUAAUGUAUUAAAAAAUGUUAAUACAAAAAAAGAACUUAUAACAGAUUUUUCAGACACUGUUUCAUCAAAUGAAAAUAUUAACAUUUUGGGCCAUGAGUUAUGUGAUGCAGAUGAUGAGGAAGAUGGUGAUUCAUAUACUACUUAUACUAAUUCAGAUGUGGGUUCUGAACCAGAUGUAGAAGCAGAGGCAGAAACCGAGGAAAAUUCAAACUUAAUAGAAAAUGAUAAAUGUAUUUCUAAAAAUAAAUAUGAUAAUUUUGUAAACAAAAGUAAUGAAAUAAAUACUCAUAGUGAGACUGAAAAAAUUGUAUAUAAACCAAAGGAUCGUAUUGAAUUGAAUGAUUCGGGGUUCUAUGAUAAAAAUGAAAGUGAUUAUUUUGAGAGUAACCAAGGGGAAAGGGAUAUUCCAACUCCUUUAAGUCGAAAAGAAAUAGAUGUAGAAUCAAAUGAUACUGAGGAGGAUGAAGAUGAGAAAGUAGAAAUUGCAACGGAUUCUAAGGAUGAAUCAGAAAGUCAAAAAGAAGAUGACACAAGUGAAGAAGAAGUCGAACCAAGCAAAGUAGAAAAUGAUGAGGUAGAUGCAGACCAAAUAAACAAUCAAAAUGAUAGUGAAAUUGAAAGUGAGGAGGAAGAAAUGACUGAAAGUGAGAUAGAUGUAGGUCCCAUAAAGAAUCAAAAUGAUAGUGAAAUUGAAAGUGAAGAGGAAGAAAUGACUGGAAGUGAGAUAGAUGUAGGUCCCAUAAAGAAUCAAGGUGAUAGCGAAGUUGAAAGUGAAGAUGAAAUAGCUAAAAGCAAGGUAGAUAUAGAUAGUAUAAAGAAUCAAGGUGAUAGCGAAGUUGAAAGUGAAGAAGAAAUAGCUAAAAGCGAGGUAGAUGUAUAUAGUGUAAAGAAUCAAAGUGAUAGUGAAAUUGAAAGCGAAGAAGAAGUAGCUAAAAGCGAGGUAGAUGUAUAUAGUGUAAAGAAUCAAAGUGAUAGUGAAAUUGAAAGCGAAGAAGAAGUAGCUAAAAGCGAGGUAGAUGUAUAUAGUGUAAAGAAUCAAAGUGAUAGUGAAACUGAAAGUGAGGAGGAGGAAGAAGAGGAAGAAAUAGCUAAAAGUGAAGUAAAUAUAGAUGGUAUAAAGAAUCAAGGUGAUAGCGAAGUUGAAAGUGAAGAAGAAAUAGCUAAAAGCGAAGUAGAUGUAGAUCCCAUAAAGGAUCAAGAUGAUAGUGAAAUUGAAAGCGAAGAUGAAAUAGCUAAAAUCGAGGUAGAUGUAGACAGUAUAAAGAAUCAAGAUGAUAGUGAAGCUGAAAAUGAGGAGGAGAAAGAAGAAGAAAUAACUAGGAACGAGGUAGAUGUAUAUAGUGUAAAGAAUCAAGGUGAUAGCGAAGUUGAAAGCGAAUAUGAAGACGAUGUAGAUAUGAAUCUAGAAUCAGAAAGAAGGGAAGAAAAAGAAGAAGGUGAACAGAUGCAUAAAUCAGAAACGGAAUUAACGGAUUUAGAAAUAGAAGAAAUAGAAACUGUCGAAAAUGACAAAUUAAAUAUUAAAGAAAAUGAAUCCAAAUAUAAAAAUUCUCAUGAAGUUACAAAAGAAGUAGAAGUGAGUGAUUCCUAUGAUAAAAUAGAGGACGAAAAAGAGGUAUAUGCAUCUAACAAUGAAUCCGAAAUGAAUAGUGAAAUAGAAGUGAGUGAUUCCUAUGAUAAAAUAGAGGACGAAAAAGAGGUAUAUGCAUCUAACAAUGAAUCCGAAAUGAAUAGUGAAAUAGAAGUGAGUGAUUCAGAUGAUGAAAUAGAGAACGAAAAAGAAGAAGAUAAUUUUACAGAUUUUAUUAAUCCAAACUUGAUACAAAAUACCAAUAAAAAUGUAGAAACAAAAUCAAAAGAGGUAGUUCCUUUUUAUAAUAAUUUAAAAAAAAAUAUGCUUAAAGAAAAUUAUCAUAAUAAAAAUAGUGAGGAAAAUGAAUCUAUAGAAUCAAAUGAGCAAAUAGUUAGAUUGAGAGAUGUAAUUAAAAAAAAUAAUCGAUUACAUAGUUAUAAUUGUAAUGAAAUAAAAAUAGACAGUAAUGAAAAGGAAAUAUAUAAAAAAAAUGAUAUUUCAUUGAAAAAAAAAACAAAAAAAUAUAACAAGAAUAACUAUUAUUCUGUUUCUACUCAAAUUAAUAACAAAAUUAUUAAAAAUAAAAAUGCUAAUACCAAUUCCAACAAUUUUAAUGAGAGCAUAGAUAAUAUAAUAAAUAAUAAUAUUGAAGAAAAUGAAACAAGCUGUUCUUUUUCAUCUAUUGUAAAAAAUAAAAAAAUAUUUAAAAAAAUAGAACCCAAUGAUAAACAUUUAGAUGAUUCAAAUUAUGUAAAUCAUACAUCUAUAGAAAAUGACAUACUUAAUAGUGAAUUCGAACAAAUUAGUCAAAGUCCUACUCUUGAGCAAAAUGAUAGUGGCACAAAUUCUAUCCCUCAAUCUAAUAUACAUAAAAAUGAAAACAUUGAUGAAUCUAAUAAAGUUAGAACCCAAAUGAUAGAAAAAGAAUAUGCAGAUACACAUUUAGAUGUAAUAGAAGGUAAUAUAAACAGAAAAUGUGUAAAUCAUGGGUAUUCAAAAUAUUUUGAUUCAGCAAAUGAAAACAUAAAUAACAAUGCUGAUAAUAGUUCUGCUAAACAAAACUUAAGCUUGAACACUGUCUUUGAAAAGGGAAGUAAUAAUGUCAGACCAGAUGUUGUAGUAGAAGAAGAAGAAGGAGAAACACAAUCCAUGUGCAAUGAAAGUAAAGAAAUAGUGAACAAGCUAAAGAGUAAUAAUGGAUAUAAAAAAAAUGCUAACAAAUUAUGUAAAAUUAAAAGUUUAGAAACUUCAAAUUUAUCACACAACAAAUUGUUAAAUGAUUCGGGUGUAUCAAAUUAUGAAUUAUCUUCCGACUUGUCUGAAAUGAACAAAGUAGACAAAUUUAAUAAAACACAUUUAGACCUUGUUAAAAAAAAUCAACAUGACGAAAAAAAUGAUAUAAAUAAGAAUAAUGCUUCUUAUAAAACUUCUAAAAACUCGAAUGAAAUAAAACAAAUAGGAAGUAAGACAAAUAAAGGUUCUAUAAAUGAUAAUACAAAAAUGUUAAAGUGCUAUGAAAAAAUUAAUGAAAAUAAUGACAACCAUAAAUUGGACACAAAUUUGGAACUACAACUAAAAGAAACAUGCUUAGAAUUGAAAAAAGAAAAACAAUACAAUAAUAUAUUAUUUAAAGAAAAUAAAAAGCUUGAAAAUAAAAUAAAAUCACUAAACAAAAAUAAAAAAAUGUUUAAAAAAAAAAUUAGAAAAUUAGAAAAAGAUUGCAAUGACAAAAAUGAAAUUACAAAAGAAUAUGAAAAUAUUAUGAACAAAUUAAAUUUAGUAGAAAACUCAAAAAUGGAAAUUCCUAUGGAUAAUAUAAAAAUCCAGAAUACAUACAUUGAGAAUGCAAUAGAGCAACUAUAUUGCACAUUCUUCGAUACAUUAGGUGAAAACCACAUAAUAACAAAAAGGAUCGAGGAUUUAGCUUUUGUAUAUUCAAAAAAGGAAACAAAAAUGAAAUCACAGUUGAAUAACCAAAUGAAGAAUUUAGAAUUAUUAAAAAGUAACGAAGAAUUAACUAAAGCCAAAGAUGAAUAUUUCAAUGAGUUACAAAAAAAAGAAAAAAUUAUUAUCGAAUUAACUGGAAAAAUAGAAGACCUGAUGAAAAGCACCAAUGACAUGAAAAAUGUGUUAGGAAAAAAUGAAAACAAAUUAAAGACUUUUCAAAUAGAGCUAUCUCAAAAAGAUGAACUAAUCAAAGAAUUAGAAGAAAAAAACAAUAAGCUGGUGGAAACUGAGAAAGCAAUACAAACUGAAAGAGAAAAUUUGUUGGAGCUAUUAUAUGGAAAAGACGAGAAAUUGGUCAAUGCGAAAGAGUAUAAAGAUGAAAUAAAAGAGUUGCAACAGAAAAUAAAAAACUAUUUACAUAAGAAUGCUCAUAAAGUACAAGAUAAAAUAUAUGAACAAGUUUUAGAUAAGUUAUAUGAUGAACAAAUUAAAAUACAAUCAUUGUUAGUAGAAAAAGAUCAAACUAUAAUUCAAAAAAAUACAAAAAUAGAAAAUCUUCAACACCAAUUACAUUCAUGGGCUGAAGAAGCAUCAAAAUGGGUCUCGAUUGCAGAUAAGCACACAAAACUUAUUACAAACCAUAACACCUUAAAGAAAAACUACGAAGAAUUAAAGUAUAAGUAUAUAAUGGAUGUGAAACAUUUGCAAACAAAAAAGAAUGAAAAAGUAAAAGAGCUUAUAAGGAAGUUCUCAUAA